CUCUCCUCCAAGCUCAUCCAACCUCAUCCGAGAUUUUUUGGGAGGAGCGACGGGAACAGACCCAAAGACUGACCGACCCCAGACAUCUUACCAUUGAGUUUCUAUGAGGCAAUUGUCAACAUCAGUGAUGGAUGGUGGACAGAUUUCAACACCAGUCAGAGGCCAGUGCUGCAUGCUCUGCUAUAGACCAUUGUAUGGCACUGGCAUCAGCAUUUACCACACAAAGUGCUACCAGACUGAUAAGAGCCUCUAUGCCAGGCUGAUGGAAGUGACAAAUUACACGUCCAGCAUACCGCAGUUGGCGAGUGACAUGAUGUGCAGCAUCUGCUACACGAUGAUCAGUCAGUCGGACCAGCUGGGCAGCCAGCUGGGCCAGGUCACCAGGCACAUCCGCGCCCUGUUCCAUCAGAUGGUGCAGCGGCAGACGGAGGUGGCGCGGCUGAGCCUGAGCCGGCCCGCGCCGGACGGCCGUCAGUCCGAGGCGGCUGUCAGCGAGGCGCGGACCGCCGUCAACGGCACAGUCCCGCCGGCGGUGCUCAGCCCGCCGGCGACCUCCCGACCGGAGCCGUCCCCGGAGCAGAGGGCACCCACCAACCUGCAGACCUUCAAGAAACCCACUGAAGAGGAAGCUGUCCGGCAGCCUGCGGAGGCGGCCCAGCGGCAGUCCUGGCCGACGUCCAGCCCUGAGAGUGGUGAUGGCGGCGGCCUGCAGCCGGCGGGCGCCUCCAGCAGCGGCCAGAACGAGGAAAACUCCCUGUUCAGCCUGAGCGCCUUCCUGCAGUCCAACCUGCGCGACACGGCGGGUGGCGGUGAGCGGGCCUCCCGCCCGCUGGCCCCCGCGCCCACCGUCACUCAGACGGGCGACUUCACAGACAAGUUUGUGCGCGGCACCGCCUCCUCAGACGCCUACCGGUACCAGUGCGUGCUGUGUCAGAAGCUGGGCGACUGCGAGGAGGCCGUGCGCCGGCACGUGCGUGCCGACCACCCGGGCGCCGACCGCAUCAGCUUCCCCGAGUCGGCGGCGCAGAAGCGGCCGCGCGCGCCGUCCAGCGGCGGCCCCAAGCCACCCAAGAUGCUGCGCUCGAUCACGGCCACGGCGCCGGCCAUGGCGCAGAACAUCGCCGACCGCGCCUACGUCUGCGUCAACUGCGACAAGGCGUUCGGCUGCGAGGCGUUUCUGGCGCGUCAUGUGGAGGCGCAGAAGUGUGGCCAGCUGUUCGGCUGCCAGUACUGCGGCAAAGAGUUCACCCGCUCCGAUAAGAAGGUGCGCCACGAGCGGUCCCACACAGGCGAGCGACCCUACAGCUGUGAGUACUGCGGCAAGGCGUUCUCACGGCGCGACAAGUGCACCAAGCACGAGCGGACCCACACCCGCUGCCAGCCGCUCGAGUGUCACAGCUGCGGCGAGAUGCUGUCCACCACCUCCGAGUACACUUCCCACCGGCGGCUGUGCGGCGAGCGGACGGCGGCGGCCGCGGCGGCAGCGCGCGCCGCAGCGGCCGCGGCCGCCUCCGCCGGCACGCUGUCGCUCUCGACGUCGGCCUGGCCGCAGCCGCUGCCCCAGGCGCCGCCGCCGCCGCUGCCGUCCCAGGUGUCUGACGUGUGACCGGUGUCGGUCGCGGCUGAGCGGCGGCCGGCCGGCUGGCUGCGGUGCCCGCUGAGGGUGCCGUCUGCCCGCGGCCGUCUGCGCGCGUCCCGAAGACCCACCGCAGCGGAGCGGGGAUCGGCCCGUCUGCCGCCCUCCAGGUCAGUGGCGGCGCCUCCGUCGGCUGUGCCAUGCUCUAUCCAGUGUCCCGCACCCGUGAGCUCGACUGAAACUUUUAAUCGACUCUCAGCUACAUUGCGGGGUAUCGCCGGCAUAAUAAGAGGCGAUGUCAUAAUAUUUAAUUGUUCACGAUGAGCUGACGGGUUUGCCUUUUGCUUUCUUCAUGACGUACGGACCAAUCAUUGUGAGCCAGUUCUGAUCAUUUGCAGCUAGCCUAUCAUGGCAGUAAAAGUUGGAAGGCAAAAGUUUACUUUUAUAUCCAUGCACUCGAUACUGCAUUCAGUCUCUCAGCUAGCUAUUUUGACAACUUAACUGGCGAUAUGCUGCGACACUUUGUCUUGAGUCGUUUUCAUUGGGUUGUAUAUCUUUUCAUCGGUCCGACAAUUGUGUCGGAUGCUUGUCAUCAGCUCUGAACAGCCGGCUUUCACCUGCCCUCGGGCUGUGCUCUGGGUGGGCGUAAAGUUUAAACUAGCCACCUAUCGCUCUGCUGAUUGGUUCUUGAUUAUGAUAUUCACUCAGGAUUAGCUGCCUUUAAAGUGUUUAUUUUAAGCUCGGAGCUGAGACCUUUUCUUAGCAGUCUUUUAACUCUACAUUUGUUGGCUGUGCAGCAAUGUUGCCACUCACUCCGCAAGUUGAGAUGUCAAACAGCUAAUCUCGAAUUUCGCACGUGCUCACUCUGUGCGUUGCGUUCGUCCUGAACAGCUUCAUCGGGUUAAGCUGUUAUGCCCAAUGCGUUAACCGCUAAUCGUAAUUUAGAUACACGGCGGUAUGGUAACCAAGGACGUCGAUUUCGGCAGCUUUACGAACUGUGUGGUUACGAUGCAACCGUCGGGAGUGCACAGAGUGUUUCUGAUCACGCUGAGUGCUUACUGCAGAUGAGGACUACGGAACAUUGGUAUUAGUUUGGAUGAAUUGCUGGGAGUGAGCUUUGCACUUUCGAAUGCAGCUUACGUUGCUCGCGCACCGUUUCGAAUAGCUAUUUAUGGAAACUCAUCCCUAUGCCUUGCUGCAGUUUCUCGAGCAUUUUUGAGCAAGGCAUCAUUGAUCUGAUUUGAAAUGGCGCGCAUACUGUCAGGAAUAUGCGAUAGUUAGGACAGACGUUCUUACGAUAUCAGGGCCUUAGGCCAAAGAUUGGACUUGGUAAAUGUUCAUCACUGGUGGAUGGCAUCUGGGCUAUUUUUGUAUUCACGAAGUGCCAUGCUUUAGAUCAUGAUUUCGCCUGUACAUUUUCCCUCAUAUUUUGUGUCAUCUUGCGAAUAAUAUGAAUACACAAGGUAUUUUGUA